UUAUCAUUAAAAUGGUGCACUAAGCCCACAUCGAUCAAUUGCAAACUGUCAACAGAGUGAAAAAAAAACGUAAUGCAAAUACCUAACUAAGUGCAACAAAAAACUGCUCAAAAUGCCGUCAACGGCAGCCAAAACCAACAAAUAAUCGAAGUAAACAACAAUCAGAACAACAACAAGCACAACAGCAGCAACAUCAACAACAAUAAGAAGAACAACAACAACACGAGCAGAAUGCGCAUUUACAACAAAUCUAGCAACUGGCUUUGGCGCUGCUUUGCCUUAUGGCUAAUAUGUACAACGGUCAAUGGUCAGCCAUCGUUAACCGAGAAAAUACCGUUAGGUGCAAUCUUUGAACAGGGCACGGAUGAGGUGCAGUCCGCGUUCAAGUACGCCAUGCUCAAUCACAAUUUGAAUGUCUCUUCGCGUCGCUUCGAGCUGCAGGCGUAUGUCGAUGUCAUAAAUACAGCGGACGCAUUCAAAUUGUCACGACUGAUUUGUAACCAGUUCUCACGGGGCGUUUAUUCGAUGUUGGGCGCCGUCUCGCCCGACUCUUUUGAUACACUACACUCCUACUCGAACACGUUUCAGAUGCCCUUUGUGACGCCCUGGUUUCCGGAAAAGGUGCUUACGCCAUCGUCUGGCUUCCUGGACUUUGCCCUCAGCAUGCGCCCAGAUUACCAUCAGGCAAUCAUUGAUACAAUACAAUUUUAUGGCUGGCGCAAAAUAAUUUAUCUCUACGAUUCCCACGAUGGUCUGCUGCGACUGCAACAAAUCUACCAGGGCCUGAAGCCGGGCAACGAGUCCUUUCAAGUGGAGCUGGUCAAGCGCAUCUCGAAUGUCAGCAUGGCCAUUGAGUUCUUGCAUACGCUGGAGCAUAUCGGACGCUUUACCAACAAGCAUAUCGUCCUGGAUUGUCCAACGGAAAUGGCCAAGCAAAUACUGAUACAGCAUGUGCGGGAUUUGCGUUUGGGCCGUCGCACCUAUCACUAUCUAUUGAGUGGAUUGGUCAUGGACGAUCGCUGGGAAAGCGAGAUAAUCGAAUUUGGUGCCAUUAACAUUACCGGAUUUCGCAUUGUGGACACAAAUCGUCGUCUCGUACGCGACUUCUAUGACAGCUGGAAGCGACUCGACCCACAGACUAGCGUUGGAGCUGGCCGUGAAUCGAUUUCGGCACAAGCGGCGCUCAUGUACGAUGCGGUCUUUGUGCUGGUGGAGGCAUUCAACAAAAUUCUGCGCAAGAAGCCGGAUCAAUUCAGAAACAAUGUGCAGCGUCGUAGUCAAACGCUGAUGGUCGCCCAGGCCCAGGCAGCGGCCUCCACUGCCGGCGAUGGCUCCAAUGGCAGCAACAACGUUGGCGGUGGCGGCGCCAGCGGCAGCAACGGUGGCAGCAGCGACGCCAGCAGCGGCUUUGGCAGCGCGCCGCGUGCUUUGGACUGUAAUACGGCCAAGGGCUGGGUGAAUGCAUGGGAGCAUGGCGAUAAAAUAUCCCGUUAUUUGAGAAAGGUGGAAAUCGAGGGACUCACCGGGGAUAUCAAAUUCAACGAUGAUGGCCGACGAGUCAAUUACACCCUGCACGUUGUCGAGAUGACCGUCAACAGCGCCAUGGUAAAAGUUGCCGAGUGGAAUGACAAUGGGGGACUGCAGCCGUUGAAUGCUAAAUAUGUGCGCCUGCGUCCGCAUGUGGAGUUCGAAAAGAAUCGCACGUACAUUGUCACUACGGUGCUGGAGGAGCCGUACAUAAUGAUAAAGCAGCCGGCAUUUGGCGAGAAGCUGCCUGGCAAUGAACGUUUCGAGGGCUAUUGCAAGGAUCUGGCUGACUUGCUGUCCAAGAAGCUGGGGCUUGAAUAUGAACUGCGUCUGGUGAAGGAUGGCAAUUACGGCUCUGAGAAUCCGGCCGUGCAUGGGGGCUGGGAUGGCAUGGUGGGCGAGCUGGUGCGCAAGGAAGCGGAUAUUGCCAUUGCCGCCAUGACGAUUACCGCUGAACGCGAACGUGUCAUCGACUUUAGCAAGCCGUUCAUGUCGCUGGGCAUUUCCAUUAUGAUUAAGAAGCCAGUGAAGCAAACGCCCGGCGUGUUCAGCUUCAUGAAUCCUUUAUCACAGGAAAUUUGGGUGAGCGUCAUCUUCAGCUAUAUUGGUGUCAGCAUCGUGCUCUUCUUUGUCUCGCGCUUCUCGCCCAAUGAAUGGCGCCUUGUGCAGCAGCCGCUACAACAAAACCAGCUAACAGAUCCACAUGCACAUCACGAACAGCUUGCCAAUCAGCAGCCACCCGGCAUCAUUGGCGGCGCACCCAUACCACCGCCGCCCGGCCCCCCAACGCCGGGUGUCCAGACGUCUGCCGCUCUACAGGCAUCUCUAUCUGCUGCUGCUGCCGCCGCCGCCGCAGCCUCUGGCAACAGUGGUCUUGCAUCUGGCACGGCAGGCGGCGCAGCGUCCGUCAAUGAGUUUAGCAUUUGGAAUUCGUUUUGGUAUUCGCUGUCCGCCUUUAUGCAGCAAGGCUGCGAUCUGUCGCCUCGUUCUGUUUCGGGUCGAAUUGCUGCUGCAUCCUGGUUCUUUUUUACACUCAUACUUAUCUCUUCGUAUACCGCAAAUUUGGCUGCCUUUCUUACCGUUGAGCGCAUGGUUACGCCCAUCAAUUCGCCGGAGGAUUUGGCCAUGCAAACGGAGGUCCAAUACGGCACACUGUUGCAUGGCUCCACCUGGGAUUUCUUUCGGCGCUCCCCCAUUGGAUUGCACAAUAAGAUGUGGGAGUAUAUGAACUCAAGAAAGCACGUCUUUGUUAGUACCUACGACGAGGGCAUACGACGGGUGCGCAAUUCCAAGGGUAAAUAUGCCCUGCUCGUGGAGUCGCCAAAAAAUGAAUAUGUAAAUGCUCGAGAGCCAUGCGACACAAUGAAAGUGGGCCCCAACAUGGAUACAAAGGGAUUUGGCAUUGCCACGCCGCUUGGCUCAGCACUCAAAGAUCCCAUCAAUUUGGCUGUGCUGUCGCUCAAGGAGAAUGGAGAGCUGAUUAAGCUGCGCAACAAAUGGUGGUACGAUAAAACAGAAUGUAAUCCCAACAAGGACAAUCAGGACACAUCGCACAAUGAGCUCUCGCUGAGCAAUGUCGCUGGCAUAUUCUAUAUACUCAUUGGUGGCCUGCUUUUCGCCGUAUUCGUCGCAAUUAUUGAGUAUUGCUUUCGCAACAAGGCAAACAGUGCGGCCGGCAAUCUUGGGGGCGCUGGUGGCAGUGCGGCCAAGAGCAACGGCUCCAUGUUAUUGCGACCGGCGAACGCUGUACCCGGCGUGGGCGUGGCAUCCACACAUCAAAGGAACACCCUGACCGACACAAUGCAUGCCAAGGCCAAAUUGACCAUUCAGGCGAGUCGCGACUACGACAAUGGACGCGUCGGGUAUCUCAAUUGCACUUCUUUGCAGUACUAUCCACCUGCCCAGCUAUCGGGGGCGCCCUCCGAUGCCGGCGAGGCGCUCCACAUGAACGCACAUGGUCAGGUUUGACAUGAGCACGUGCAGGAGUCGCGUCUCUGA